CAGGGCUCGGUGUAAAAACUCCGCGCUCCACUAGAUGGCGCUGCUAGCCUACUGGGUUGGAUUGUUUCAGGGCUUGUCGGUGCACAGGUGCAUGCGCAGGAGCGGUGGAAAAUGGCGCCACCCAGCUACCCAGUCUGUUCUCCUCGGAUCAGCAAUUGCGCACCGGUCCUCCGUUUUCAGCUCUCGUCCACUCCCUGCUUUUCCAUUCUCCGUGAGCAGGCCCCAGGCAGUACCUCUCUCCCAAGUUUUGUCUCAGAUGCGGCUGUUUUCCCCGGCCCCUUACUUCCGAAGGACUGUGGCUUUGACCCGCUCCGCCCCUCUGCGGGAAGGUCUCACUGAGCAGUGGCCGAAUGAGCAAUGGCCGAAUGUCGGCUGCACCCGGGAACGCUUGCCGGACCCUGCUGGUGCCGCUGCCCUGAGACUGCGGCCAGGUGUCAGCCCGCCCCCCAAAAAGAUCGCGAGAGGGUGUAGCCUCAGCGUUUCAGGGACCGUGGAAAAUCACAACACACAUCUGGCACCAGGCUUCACCCUCAACGACCUCGUCCCAGCACCAGCGAGUGUGGCCGCCUUCCGGGGUCUGCUGGGACCAGGUGGCCUCAACAGUCUCUACCGAAUGUCCUUUCAUUCCGGCAGUGGAACCGCUUUUCCCCGUGUGGCCCGAGAACCUCCCGGACCCCACUCUGUUCCUGGGGAUUCACCUUUCCCACCAGCGCACCGCCAGGAACCCCAGGAACCUGAAGAGCAUGUGUGUUAUUAACCAGAUACGAUCCGGCAGCUCCUUCCGAGCUGGAGUCUGACUACUAAUAGACUGGCACAGCUCAGGACUGCUCCCAGAAAGAGGAAUCUGUAGCUAAGUUGGCAGGUGGGACAGAUACUGAGGGUGCCACCAGGCAAACAGUUGACCACUGUGCAAUGGGUCCAGGAAGAUGUGGACUCUGUUUGCCGUAUGGUUUUGGGCCACCAUGGACAGGGGUACCCUGGAACACCAGCGUCACUUGAUGAUUCUCUGUGUCCACAUUCACACUGAUAACGAACAGUGUAAAUGCCAACCCUAUUACAAUUGCAAUAAAGAAGAAAUUGAGAGUGGUGUCACCAUAAACUUAUAAUUUCGUUUUGGUCCAGGUUUUCAAUUAUUUACUGUAUGAGUUUUGCUUUAAUCUUGCCUGGGAUGUUGUCCUUCAUUUUCUAAUAUUUUAAUAAUCUUGGUAGAUUUUGAUGUGCCUGGAAUUUGUUCAUUCCUAAGUGGAUAGCCUGUUGUCCUGGCACCAUUUAUUGAGAGAAUUUGUGACUUCCCUGACUUCACAUUCAGUGUUUCAAACGUUGAAUUGAAAUGCUAUUUCUAUGGAACGUCACAUUGCUGUAGAUGAUGUAUUCUUUAGGUUUUUUUCAUUGACUCAUUUUCUAUUCCUGGAACAAUACCACAUGUUAAAAACUGCCAUGGUUUUGUUUUUGUAGAUGUUAUGACACAAAUCCCUGUGUUUUCUUUCAAAUAACUUUAAAUCUGGGCUUGAAUAAGGAGAGACUUUACUUAGAAGGACUAUUGUUUGUAGGGAGAAGAUUCUCAGAAAUCCAUGAGUAUCUCAAAAUCAUAUGGAAAAAUAUUUUUAUUUUAUAGGGCAAAGGAAGAAGCAGGCGGAG